GCCUUUUUCAGUAACUCACCCAGGUUUCUAGAUAGACAGACGGCAUAUAGGAUAUUGGGUGGCCUGUCUCCUUAGGCGGCUGUAAAUCGUGUAUUGUAUAUAUUGUUUUGCGUUUCCCUUCCGCCCUGAGUCUAAGCCUUUUAUUGGCCGGCAGGAUAUUAUAUGAAAGAAGACCGGGCAACCGUGAACAACAUUGAAAGAAUCUUCCCGGGCGGUGGGAAAUGAAAAUCGACCACAAUCUUAUAUGGAUGGAUCCACUCGCUUUGCAGAGACUGUAUUCCAUUUCGAGUCCCAGGAGCGCAUACCUGCAACGCCGCAGUUGCUCCUCUCUGCACAUAUCCAUAUAUGCUCAACUAGUCAAAACCAGGCGUCCGUACCAUCGUGUGCGUUGUGGGCUGGGCUUAGCAAUUGGGAGCGGCUGAAUUGGGUAUAUCCGAGCGAAGGGCUAGCGACCAUUGACUUGGAACAUAUAGCUUUGACCUUCGAUAUCUAUCUAUCCCGUGGCCGACAAUUUGCCGAACCUGAAGAGCCAUAUCGGCCUGUAUCUGUUCAUUGACUGACCAAGGGUAGUACAUCGCUAAUUAUCUCUUCCAUUUCUUGCCAUUCAAAAUGGCUGUCAAUUCUUAUCAAUGCACAACAAACCCUCUCUUGAUCCCGGAAAUCGUCGGACUCGUCAUGGAAAAUGUCGAUACGGUCCCAGAUCUUUUGAACUGUGCCCGCGUGAAUCGCAUGUGGAUGGUGCCGGCCUUAAAGAACCUAUACCAGGGCUCCUUGAACGACAUGCAAUUCCGUACGCCGGGCAUUGAAUCACUCAAUUGUCUCUUUGUAGCAUCAACGGAGCGCUUUACCCGAAAUAUGAGCCUUGUGAAGCAUCUUCUCCUUGCGCCCGAGUACCCAGCCCGCAAUUGCGUUGGCUCAUGUGGUAGGCCUAUAUGCUUUGACUUCGUCCGCGUGUUGCGCUAUCACCCACAGUGCGGGCUGCUUCUGCGGGCACAACCAAGGGGUCUCACAAGUCUCAUGAUCCCCUUUGAGAUAAUGCGUCUUCGUCUGGAGUUAAUUGCGGACUACCUUGGUAAAAGCCCCGUUGAGUUUUUAGCUAUUAAUAAUUAUGACUGCACACGCAUAGUAUGCUACGGCGGGGGGGAAUUCCCAAACCUCAAAGCUCUCACAGUUUAUAUCUCAGAAGAUGAUCCUGCAAUUGGUGGUAUCUGCCGACUGCUGAUGAUUCGUGAUCUAGAGUUUGUUUACAUCGAGGAAUGGCAUGAACUUGGUGCAUUCGAACGCUUCGAACUCUCAGGGAGGCUCCUACCCCAUCUCCGAGCACAAAAAAACCUCAAGGCAUUAGUACUAUCCAUCCGCGGCUGUGGUAACCCGUUAGCAGAGGAGGAAGAGGAACCACUAUGGCCAAGGUUAAAGGCGUUGUACAUCGACCGUCCGGAUCGAGAAUGGUUUGUCCAAUUGCCAAAGUUCAAGGACCUGCAAAUAUUCAAGUUGCUGGACCUUACGAGUGACGCGUACAUAAACGCAGCGGUUGCGAAAUGCAAGCACCUGCGGGUCCUUGAGCUUCCAAAUCUGAGACUCGAUGCUACUGAUGAAAAUCAGGUUAUGGAAACAUUCCUGGAUAUUGCGCGUGGCUGCCCGCUUUUACAAAAGCUUUCUGUGAAAGUCCUUUCCGGUACCUGGCAUGGCGAGGUAACGAAACCCCUACUAUCUAACCUAUUGAGAGCCCUUCCUCGCUUGGAGGUCUUGGGGCUGGGUUUUCAGUUCCGCGUGUACGGCACAGAGCUUGAAGAUCUUGCACAUCACUGCCCACGCCUGACCUUCCUUGAGCUGCCUUCCGCGGAGUUAUUCAUCUCGCUCUCGCAAAUGUCACGAACGCUCCCACUCCGGUACUUGGAAAUCAUGCGCUUUUACCAAGUGUGGUUCAAGUACCCGCUGCCCUUCAUACGAGGGGUCAACUUCUAUAAUCUUGUUACUGAGUGGAUUAGGAUAUUUCCGAAGCUUCGAACAGAGCCGUGUUCGAAUGAUGUUGAGUACAACCCGGGGAUAUUAUCAGGGGAAGAAGAGUAUUCCAUUGACCACCGUGAGGAGCUAUCGUUUCCAGAUGACGAUGAAGACCGUGAAGAUUCUGAAUGGCAUGUAAUACGGGCGAAGCUCUGGCAAGCCUUGGGAUAUGGCAAAGUUGAUGACGGCGUCGAUAACAGGCUCCAUUAUAUGUGGCAGACUAACCUGGAAAUCGAGACGAUCGGUUGGCCUGUGCUCUCUUCAAAGGCAUUUAUACAUCCAGUGUGGCACUCGUCGACCCUCACAAAGUACUGAUCAUUUGUGGACGGGCAACAGGGUAAGGAAAGACGAUGAGCAAGAUUAAAUGGCCGUUGAUAUCCCAUGCAUAUGUGUGAUGCGGGUGCGACCUCAUAUGAAGGGAGAAUGGCCUCAUUAC